UGGCUCCCAGCCCCCACUCCCCUCCCAGGGCCGGGGAGAGAACCCAGGAGUCCUGGGUCCUAGCCCCCCUGGUCUAACCACUGGACCCCACCCAGAGCAAGGAAGAGAACUCAGGAGUCCUAUUAGGAAAGGGGGACAUAAUAGGACAGAACAUCUCAUGUUGCCGCUCUCUAAAUCCGUGGGACGCCCACGGCUUGAGUCCUGCGCGCUGAUGUGGUGGCCCCGUCUCCAAAAGGUCCCACGGGAUUGGAAAAGGCUCAGAAAAGGGCAACAAAAUUGGUUAGGGGUGUGGAACAGCGGCCGUACGAGGAGAGCUUAAAAAAACGGGGAGUUUUCAGCUCGGGAGAGAGACAGCUAAGGGGGGUUAUGACCGAGGUCUAUAAAAUCAUGACUUCUGGGGAAAGUAAAUAAGGGAGUGGUAUUUACUCCCUCUCAUAAGUAGGGCUAGGGACACCCAAUGAAAUUAAUAGGCAGCGGGUUGAAAACAAACAGGAGGAAGUAUUUCUCCACCCAACGCAGAAUUUGUGGAACUCUUUCCCACAGGACGUGGUGAAGGCCAAGACUAUAACAGGGUUCAAAGAAGAACUAGAUACGUUCCUGGAGGAGGGUUGUGACGAAGUGGGACUGUUCUUAUGUUUCCUCUGAAUAGUGUGGGGUGCCUCAGUUUCCCCUAGGCAGUUCUUAAGUCUCUAGGGGGUGGAGUAAGGGUGUAUGAUCACUGCAGAGCCCUAGAGGGCAGGUGUGUGCAGGGGUCUGGACACAGAGAAUGGCCGACACCCUGUUUCCUGGCAACUGAUGGCCUGGGCCCUUCCCCGCUGCAAGGUGAGAGCUGAAGGGUUGGAGAACAAAGGGAUCCGGUGACCUCCUGGCCCGGGAAAGGGACAAAGCCCAGAGGAGGAGGGGCUGGGGGGAGUUUCAUUUUGGGGCUGGCUGGAGACAUGGAGUGAAGGGCAGACGUGGUUGUCUGGCUCACUGCCCCCCAAAAUGGACCCAGCUGAGGGGUCCUGUUCUCUGCACCUGCAAGCUCUGUGUUAGACCAUGUUCCUGUCGUCUAAUAAACCUCCUGUGUUACUGGCUGGCUGAGAGUCCCGUCUGACUGCAGAGUUGGGGGGCAGGACCCUCUGGCUUCCCCAGGACCCCGCCUGGGUGGACUCACUGGGGGAAGCGCAGGGAGGGGCAGAGGAGGCUGAAUGCUCCGAGGUCAGACCCAGGAAGGUGGAAGCCGGGUGAGCUGUGUGUCCUGAAGACAGGCUGCUCACAGGAAGGCGACUACCCCAGAGUCCUGACUGGCUUCAUGGGGAGCAGUUCCAGAGCAUCGCCCAGGGACUCCGUGACAGCCCCGUCGGGCGGGCGCUGGCCAGACCCAGCCGGGAUCGGGACCCCGUCGGGCGGGCGCUGGCCAGACCCAGCCUGGAUCGGGACCCCGUCGGGCGGGCGCUGCCCAGACCCAGCCGGGACCGGAGCCCCGUCGGGCGGGCGCUGCCCAGACCCAGCCGAGACCGGAGCCCCGUCGGGCGGGCGCUGGCCAGACCCAGCCGAGAUCGGGGCCCCGUCGGGCGGGCGCUGGCCAGACCCAGCCGAGAUCGGGGCCCCGUCGGGCGGGCGCGGCCCAGACCCAGCCGAGAUCGGGGCCCCGUCGGGCGGGCGCUGGCCAGACCCAGCCGAGAUCGGGGCCCCGUCGGGCGGGCGCUGGCCAGACCCAGCCGGGAUCGGGGCCCCGUCGGGCGGGCGCUGGCCAGACCCAGCCGAGAUCGGGGCCCCGUCGGGCGGGCGCGGCCCAGACCCAGCCGAGAUCGGGGCCCCGUCGGGCGGGCGCGGCCCAGACCCAGCCGAGAUCGGGGUCCCGUCGGGCGGGCGCUGCCCAGACCCAGCCGAGAUCGGGGCCCCGUCGGGCGGCCGCUGGCCAGACCCAGCCGAGAUCGGGGCCCCGUCGGCUGGGCGCUGCCCAGACCCAGCCGAGAUCGGGGCCCCGUCGGGCGGGCACAGCCCAGACCCGGGGGGAGGAAUGUGGGUGCAGACACCCACCCCCCCCGGCCUGUGGCGCCCCCAGGCUCGGUCUGGCAGCCAGGGUGAUGUGGCCGUGAGUCAAGUCGAGAACACGGGCCGGUAGCCGCAGGCGCCCGGAGCAGCUGUGAUGAAGCCAUGGCUCAUCCGGCUGAGAGCACUCAGGGAAAGUGCCGGGCCGAGUCCUGGCCCCCCCCGCCCUGCACAGGGAGCCCCCACAUUGCUCCCCCC